CUGCUACAAGAACCUCACAUGGUGCUGCUGUGUUUGUGACUCUGGUGGAAGCAAUGGAGAUGGCGUGGCUUCUACUUGUCCUGGUGCACACGAUCUUGGUUGGCAAAGGCCUGUGUUGGACAGCAGAUAGCAAGUCAAACAGUGGACUUCAGAAAGGAGGCAAGUUGGUUGUGUCCCCCAAUGACUCGAUUAAAAGGGCUUUUGAAUUUCUCCAGUCUAUGGAGUCCAUGUUGGACAAGCAUGUUAAAGAAGUACAAGUGGAAACCAAAGAAGUGGAAACUGGUGCAUUGCUUGGCUUGGGAAGUGUUUUCCAAGUGAAGAAACUGAAAGGACUCAACACGAUGACUCAGUCAUUUGAGCACAUCUCCAAGGUCCACAAUGACACGGACCACAGUGAGAACUCUGACCAACACAACACGAGCCACUAUAAUGACAUGGCCCACAGCCUGACCCUAGACUACCUAAAUUACAACUCCAGUUAUGACUAUGACAUGGCCUCCAGUGUGACCUCUGACCACCAUGACAACUCGAGUCACCAUGAUGACAUGGGCCACAGCCUGACCCUAGACUACCUAAAUUACAACUCUAGUGAUGACGACAACAUGGCCCCCAGUGUGACUUUUGAUGACCACCACGACAACUCGAGCCACCAUAUGGGCCACAGUGAGACCUUUGAUGACCACCACCACAACUCGAGCCACCAUGAUGACAUGGACCACAGCCUGACCCUAGACUACCUAAAUUACAACUCUAGUGAUGCUGAUGAUGACAUGGCCCCCAGUGAAACCUUUGAUGACCACCACGACAACUCGAGCCACCAUAUGGGCCACAGUGUGCCCUUUGAUGACCACCACCACAACUCGAGCCACCAUAUGGCCCCCAGUGUGACUUUUGAUGACCACCACGACAACUCAAGCCACCAUAUGGGCCACAGUGUGACCUUUGAUGACGACCACCACCACAACUCGAGCCACCAUGAUGACAUGGACCACAGCCUGACCCUAGACUACCUAAAUUACAACUCUAGUGAUGCUGAUGAUGACAUGGCACCCAGUGAGACCUUUGAUGACCACCACGACAACUCAAGCCACCAUAUGGGCCACAGUGAGACCUUUGAUGACCACCACCACAACAACUCGGGCCACCAUGAUGACUUGGACCACAGCGAGACCUUUGAUGACCACCACAACAACUCGAGCCACCAUAUGGGCCACAGUGAGACCUUUGAUGACCACCACCACAACUCGAGUCACCAUGCUAUGGGCCACAGUGAGACCUUUGAUGACCACCACGACAACUCAAGCCACCAUAUGGGCCACAGUGAGACCUUUGAUGACCACCACCACAACAACUCGAGCCACCAUGAUGACAUGGACCACAGCCUGACCCUAGACUACCUAAAUUACAACUCUAGUGAUGCUGAUGAUGACAUGGCCCCCAGUGAGACCUUUGAUGACCACCACGACAACUCGAGCCACCAUAUGGGCCACAGUGAGACCUUUGAUGACCACCACAACUCGAGCCACCAUGAUGACGUGGACCACAGCCUGACCCUAGACUACCUAAAUUACAACUCUAGUCGUGAUGAUGAUGACAUGGCCCCCAGUGUGACUUUUGAUGACCACCACGACAACUCGAGCCACCAUAUGGCCCCCAGUGUGACUUUUGAUGACCACCACCACAACUCGAGUCACCAUGCUAUGGGCCACAGUGAGACCUUUGACCACCAUGACAACUCAAGCCACCAUGAUAUGGGCCACAGUGUGACCUUUGAUGACCACCAUGACAACUCGAGCCACCACGAUGACAUGGGCCACAGCCUGACCCUAGACUACCUAAAUUACAACUCUAGUCAUGAUGACUACGUGGACCACAGUGAGACCUUGGACUACAUGGCGGACUUGGAAAAGGACCACAAGGUGACCUCCAGUUACAAUGUAUCAAGCAAUCAGAGCAGCAGUGUGGUGGAGGAUCACAGUGACUCUAAGGGCCAAGUUCACCAGGACAACGCAACUGUUUAAGGUAUGCCGUGUCCAAUGAUUGCUGCAAGAUAACAAAGCAUGACAGAUUUCAACAAACUAAUUAUAAAUAAAAAUUUUACACCAAG